CUCCAUCAUCAAAGCGUUUAAAAAUAAGUUAUUUUUGCAAGACUACAUAAAAGUUGCAAGCCAUGUGUAGCCAUGUGACAAAUUGUAAACAAUAAAUUACGAUGGAAACGCUCCAUAGAGCCAACAGGGUUGGAUGCAAGUGUGCUGGAUAAUUCUAAGUUGCGUUUGAAAAAUAAUAAGUUUAUAAGUAAACACAAUGUCACUUUCUGUAGAACGAAGGCUGAAUAAGCACGCCACGACCAUUCUCAUUGGUGGACUAUUUCUAUCAAUGAGUCUGCUAUUUUAUUUGGCGUUUUGCAGCAUGCCAUGUGACGAUCCCACUUACGGAAUAUCGCGCUCCGAUCUCAGGGAUGCCCAAAAUAAAGCGUUCUGGGACGGACAUAUACUAGCGCCAUCACGUGACCUUUCUUUUCCACAAGUUGUACUAGUUAUGUCUGCCCCCGAUAACUUGAUGGGAAGAGACACGAUCCGCGAAACUUGGGCGAGGAAUCUACCAAAGACAACGCUGUUAAGGUUUGUGAUUGGUGCUGGGUCUCUCUCAGCGCAACAGUACAGCAAUACACACAGGGAAAACUUCAUUCAUUCCGACCUGCUGCUUCUAAAAAGCGUCAACGAUAGCUAUGAAACCCUGACCUUAAAACUUUUAGAAAGUUUCAAAUGGUUGGACAGACAUGUUGAAUUUACUCAUCUAAUAAAAGCAGACGAAGACUCGUUUGUGAGAGUCGAUCGUCUGGCAUAUGAACUUCAAAAGAAACCCAGAGAGAGGUUCUACUGGGGAUUUUUCGACGGCAGGGCCCACGUGAAAAAGGCGGGGAAGUGGGCCGAGAAAGAGUGGAUACUCUGUGACAGGUACCUGCCUUACGCCCUGGGCGGGGGCUAUGUUAUAUCUGCUGAUCUUGUUCAUUACGUGUCUUCCAACUCCAAAUAUCUGAAACUUUUUAACAGUGAGGACGUUUCAUUGGGAGCCUGGCUUGGUCCACUUGAUAUCAAACGGUCACAUGACACUAGAUUUGAUACAGAGUACAAGUCACGUGGUUGUAAGAACAGCAAUUUGAUAAUGCAUAAACAGACACACCUACAAAUGCGAGAACUAGAUAAUAAUUUACAGAAAAUGAACCAGCUAUGUUCCAAGGAAAUUGAAUAUCGAAAAUCAUACAUUUACAACUGGGAGGUAUUGCCAUCUCAGUGUUGUAAAAGACCACAAGAUGUCACAUCGAGAAAAUGGCCAACAUAAAAUCAAAUACAAAGAUUGUUUUGUGGGGA